AUGCAGGGCUACCCGCGCUUCUGCGGCACAGUGGUGGGGAUGGCGCCAACAUCUGCCGCAGCCUACACAGCUGCUGGCCUGAGUGGGCUCAAUGAGCACCAGGUGCUCAGCGUGCUCCUCCACUUGGCUCCUGUGGACGCUGCUCGCGUGUCCAUGACCUCCAAGUCGGAGAUGUUCCACCGCUCCGCACUGAUGGACACGCUGUGGGAGCGGCAUGUCAGGUUGCUGCCGCUGCUCUUCACGCUCACUGUAGGCCGCCCCGAGGGGGUGCCCCCUUCUAGCGGCCUCUGGAUUGCUCCUGCGAGUGACCCACAUCUCCGACGCCUUCAAGCAUCAGGCACCCCGCAGGAGUACUCCGUGGACGUUCGUGUGGUGAAGAAAGACGCUUUCGGCCCCGAGCCCGCCAGGGUGGAUGUCUCCUUCGUCCCACCCGGCCACCUCGAAAGCCAGAGGGUCACCGUGUCUUUCCCGGACACGAACGGCAACGCCGGCACAAGGAUCCCGAUGGGUCUCCAGGAUGGCGCGUCGGUGAACAUCUCGGGCUUCGAGGAGACGGAUGCCACUCAGGCAAACCAGUUGAAGGCCGGCAUGUUGGAUCAGGCGCUGGCGGCGGGCCAGUAUGCCGCCAAUAUCAAGCCGGAGGAGGCCGACAAGCGUGGCGUCUUCGUGGCCUCAAGAUUGGAGUACGAGCGAGAUGCGGGCGUUUUGGCCGGAAGCCGACGGCUCCAGGGGAGGAGACUUGGCAACGCAGCAGCGCAGAACACGGCAGUGAUCGUGCUCUACGAGCCUUGUGGCAACAGCCUAAAAGCUGACACGACGAAGGAUCGCUUGCAGAGCGCCUUCUUCGACAAUACGGCUGGAUCGUUCAACCAGGUGCUGGGCACCUGCUCCCGCCAGACGGUGAGCUUCACUGGCGAUAUAGUUGGCCCGAUUCAGGGCUGCCCCGACUCCUCCGACGUCUGGGCAACCUACAACAAGAUCCGCGAGCAGCUUGAAGGGCAGCCUGAGUGGGACAACAACGAGUUCAAGUUGAUGAUCCUUCCUGCGACCUGGCUCGCGUCUAUCGGUGUAGGCACCAUCGGCGGUGGCCUUACUUGGUACCGCGAAGAGUACAUCGCCGACCCCGUGAUGUUCCUCCACGAGAUUGGCCACAACUGGAAGCUGCACCACGCAGCCACCGCUUUCACCUCCGCGGAGUAUGCUGACACAAGCUCUGCGAUGGGCUAUUGCUGCCGCACACGCUGCUACAACUUCCUUCACUCCUGGCAACUGGGUUUUGCGGAGUACACAGAGGAGGUGCUUCAGCUUGAAACCCUCACAUCUGGCGAGUCCAAAGGGAUCGCUCUCAAGGCCAUCGGUACAGAGGUCUCAAGCGGCGUGAAGAUACAGAUGCCAAGCUCUUCCGAAACGAAUGGCUUGCCGGCCUUCCUAGUGCUCUCCUGGCGUGCAAAGCUGGGCACAGACCAGUACCUGCAAGGCAGUUCCCACGGCAACAAGGUGAAUGUGAACCACUGGGAUGGUGACAGCAGGACGGAUGCUUCGAUCACCUUCCUGCUGCACGAGACUGGCAUGGCAGCUGUCCUUACCUUGGUGGCUGCCUCUUCUGACAUAUGCCCAUUGUCUGUACUGGAGCUUACAGCCUUAGCCGGCACCAACAGGCACUUCCAUCAGAUGCAGUGGCCCCGUUCUUCGAUUCUCUGGCCAGUUGAUGAUACGCUGCACUUGACAGAUCGUGGUCAAAACAUCUCGGCAACACUUGUGCGGUUGGGAGAACGGCUCCGGAGCCCAGCAGUAGCCAGGGCCGCCAAGGUGCUGGGACGUGCAGAUUGCUUUUGCGCGUGGGCGGAAGAAGAUCGGUGCCGUGCGGCAUGGGCCAUUGCGGCCGUGCUGUCUUCGGUCGCAUGGUCGGACCUGGACAGCCCAAUCUAUCUUGCGCGUUUUUUGGCCUUGGGCUUGGUAGCUCCGGCACCCUGGGCGUCACUGUCAACUGCUUCGGCGGUUCUGCAGAUGGUUUGGUUUGAGCGGAGCUGCAGUGAUGCAAUGGUCCAGUUCAAGGAGGUGGGAAUUGGCAAGUUGUUGGCGCAGCUUGUUCGGCAUGCAUCAGCUGCAGUGCAGCAUGUUGCCCUGCACGCGAUCGACCACCUAACGGUCCUAUCGUGUGAGUACACUGACCUCUUGGAAAUUUCAGCCACAGAUGCUGUCCCCAUGGUGAUCUCGAUUGCUCAGUCGGGCAGCUACACGAACAAACUCUUGGCCGUUAGUAUUAUUUCUGGACUUUCGUUUUACGAUGCGGAGAGGCUUCAGUCGGCCAUUCCCACGCUUGUGCAUCUACUUGGCCACCCCAAAGCUAGAAUGAAGGAUGAAGCCGGUGAAGCGCUUUUUGUGCUCAUGAGCGCGGGACCGGAUGCCUGUAUGGAAGCUUUCAAGCAUGGGUGCGUCCCAGUUCUGAUUGAGAACCUGCGGUGCUACAGCUGUCAGCCUCAGCCACUCAUACGCUGCUUGGGCAUAUUGGCAAGACAGGGGGUUGGCCGACAAGUUGCCUUGCAACGUGGCAUCUUGCCACUUCUUCGCCAACGCCUCGAAGAAGAAACCAGCGGGUUUAUGGCAGAAUGUAUCUUGGACCUUCUGCGGGCCUAUGGCGAUCAUGUCCCACAAAGCUUGGCGUGA